AUGAUACGGCGACGUAUACGGGAGCGGCACCAGUACCUGUACUCCAAGAGCGUCGAGGCCUCCCAGCGUGCGCUGUUCGAGAAGAAGCGCCGCAUCAGGGCGGCGCUCGAGGAGGGCAAUCCCAUCCCCACCGAGCUCCGCAACGAGGAGCACGAGCUGCGGAGGCAGAUCGACCUCGAGGACCAGGAGCCUCGAGGUCCAAAUGGUGCAUUGCAUUCAGCUAACCGCCGCGAUCUGGUUAUCUUCCUAGGAGCUGAAGGUCGUCUUUCCCAUGUCACAGAGAAUGAACCGUGGCGGCCAGAUCUUAUUUUGGUCCAUGAACAUCGUGGUAAACCUGAUGGUUUGAUCGUCUCCCAUCUACCGAAUGGUCCAACUGCAUACUUCGGGUUGCUCAAUGUGGUGACACGGCAUGAUAUUAAAGGCAGGAAGGCAAUGGGAAAAAUGUCAGAAGCAUACCCCCAUUUAGUACUUGACAACUUCUCAACCCAGAUUGGUGAAAGGACUGCCACUAUUCUCAAGCACCUCUUUCCUAUGCCAAAGCCAGAUUCAAAGCGAAUAAUUACUUUUGCUAAUAGAGACGAGUACAUAUCUUUCAGGCAUCAUGUAUAUGAAAAACCCGGCGGCCCCAGAUCGAUGGAUUUGAAGGAGGUUGGCCCACGGUUUGAGAUGCGGCUGUACCAGAUCAAGCUAGGAACUGUGGAAUAA